UCACACAGCAUGGACUGUGGACAUGCCUUUGAUGGAGCUUGCUGGGAUUGACCUUGGAAUCCUUAAGAGGGCAGCCGCAGGGCCGGUGGUCAGAGAUGAGGCGCUUGACCAGGGAAUGGUCAUUUGCAAGUGAUCCUGCCCGAGAGCGGGAGAUUCCUUUUCCAGUCCUCACGCAUAAAGAUCGGGAGGAGUUGAUCGAUGUUUACCCGAAGAACAAGGUGAUCACAUCCAAGUACACCAUUUUAAAUUUUGUCCCCAAGAAUAUUUGGGAGCAGCUUCACAAAGCGGCCAACAGCUACUUUCUCCUCAUUUCCUUCAUUAUGUUUAUUGGAAACUACACGCCUUUGUUCCAUGGUUUUAUUCGCUUCUACUCCACCUUUCUAGCCUUGCUGAUCAUGAUGACAGCCUCAGCUGUCAUCGCAGCCUUGGACGACAAGCGACGCCAUGAAGCGGAUGUCCAUACCAAUAACCAGAUCGCGCACCGAGUGCAUCUGGUGGAUGGCAAGUGCAGUUCUGAGGACGUCAGGUGGGCAGAUGUCACCGUGGGCGACAUCCUCAUCAUCGAAGGUGAUGGCACCUUUCCGGCGGAUCUCCUGCCGUUGGCUUCCUCCAGUCAGACGGGCGGAUGCUAUGUGGACACUGCCAACUUGGAUGGUGAGAGCAAUCUGAAGCUGAAGGAAUCCGUGAAGUGCACCCAGCAUCAGCUGCGUUAUGCCACCACGGAUCAGCCAUUGCUGGAUCAGGCGGUGGCGAACUUGACUUCCCUCAGAGGUCAGGUGGUGGCGGAGCCCCCGCAGAAAUCCAUCCACAGCUUUAAGGGUCGGAUAGAAAUGGAUCAACGGCAAGAGCCCUUGGAUGCCAAGCAUCUGCUGCUCAGGGGCACGGUCUUGAAAAACACCUCCUGGAUCCUGGGACUUGUGGUCUACACCGGGCCUGAGACGCGAAUGGUCAUGAAUUCCAGGGCGGCCAAAGCGAAGUAUCCCAACAUUGAGAAGGUUAUCAAUCGAUCAAUGCUGGUGGUCGUGGGUGCUCAGUGUGUGAUGGCCCUCAUUAGUGACAUCUUAUACCUGGUCACCAAGCGACGUUUCCAUGGCCUGUGGUAUCUCUUCCCUUCGGGACAGUUUCAAUCAAUCCUUUUGCCGGAGUUCAUUGGCUACUGGCUCACCUUCUUCGUGUUGUACUCCAAUUUGAUGCCCAUCUCCCUUUACUUCACCAUGGAGGUCUGUAAUGCUGCCCAGGCCUACUUCAUUAAGAACGACCUGAAGAUGUACGACGAGGCACAAGACACUCCAGCCAACGCUCGGACGACGAACUUGUGUCAUGAACUUGGCCAAGUUGCCUACGUCUUCUCAGACAAGACUGGGACGUUGACACAGAACGUGAUGGAGCUGAAACAGCUUUCGAUUGCAGGUGUGAUCUAUGGCCAGACCGGAGAGGAGAGUGGAUUUCAAGGUAAAGCAGCUCUUUUCCAAGCCAGGUUUGAUCCGCAGAAAGCAGCUGCCAUUGAUGCUGUCAUGGAGGUGCUCAGUGUUUCCCACACUGUGGUCUCCAGUAAGGAUCGAAGCGGAAAGUUGAAGUACGAGGCCGAAAGCCCGGACGAAGGCGCCCUCGUGGAAGCCGUGGCGCAGCUGGGCUGGAGCUUCACGGGCCGCAGCAACGAAGGCCUCACGGUGGAGGUGACCUCAAAUGCGAAGAUUGGAAGCCGAACCUACGAACUUCUGGCCCUCAACGCCUUCACUUCUGCAAGGAAGCGCCAGUCCGUUCUUGUGCGGAGACCGUCUGGAGAGGUUCUACUCCUUGUCAAAGGUGCAGAUGACGUCAUGCAGAAGUUGGCGACGGACCCACAGAUGUUUCCGGAGGAGCACCUGCGAAGCUUUGCGAAGCAAGGCUUGAGGACUUUGGUGAUGGGAAGGCGAUUCAUUCCGGAACACGAGCUGCAGCAGUGGUUGGCAGACUAUUCCAGGGCUCAAACCUCCAUGGAGGACAGAGAAGGCGCCCUGGCAAGGGCUGCUGACAAGAUUGAGAGGUCGUUGGAGAUCCUUGGAAUCACCGGCAUAGAGGACAAACUGCAGGUUGGUGUGGAAGAUGCCAUUGUGAAGA